AUGAGUACAUAUAAACUGGCAGGGAAGCUAAGAGCCCUAAAGGUGAUAACAGAACUACCUAGUAAAUCAAAUCCCAAACUGAGAGCCCUAAAGGUGAUAACAGAACUACCUAGUACAUCAAAUCCCAAACCGAGAGCUCUAAAGGCGAUAACAGAUAUACCUAGUAAAUCAAAUCCCAAACUGAGAGCUCUUAAGGUGAUAACAGAACUACCUAGUACAUCAAUUCCCAAACUGAGAGCCCUAAAGGUGAUAACAGAACUACCUAGUACAUCAAGUCCCAAACCGAGAGCCCUAAAGGUGAUAACAGAACUACCUAGUACAUCAAAUCUCAAACUGAGAGCCCUAAAGGCGAUAACAGAACUACCUAGUACAUCAAAUCCCAAACCGAGAGCCCUAAAGGCGAUUACAGAUAUACCUAGUACAUCAAAUCCCAAACCGAGAGCCCUAAAGGCGAUUACAGAUAUACCUAGUAAAUCAAAUCCCAAACUGAGAGCCCUAAAGGUGAUAACAGAGCUACCUAGUACAUCAAAUCCCAAACCGAGAGUUCUAAAGGUGAUAACAGAACUACCUAGUAAAUCAAAUCCCAAACUGAGAGCCCUAAAGGUGAUAACAGAACUACCUAGUACAUCAAAUCCCAAACCGAGAGCUCUAAAGGCGAUAACAGAUAUACCUAGUAAAUCAAAUCCCAAACUGAGAGCUCUUAAGGUGAUAACAGAACUACCUAGUACAUCAAUUCCCAAACUGAGAGCCCUAAAGGUGAUAACAGACCUUUCUAGUACAUCAAUUCCCAAACUGAGAGCCCUAAAGGUGAUAACAGAACUACCUAGUACAUCAAAUCCCAAACCGAGAGCCCUAAAGGUGAUAACAGAACUACCUAGUACAUCAAAUCUCAAACUGAGAGCCCUAAAGGCGAUAACAGAACUACCUAGUACAUCAAAUCCCAAACCGAGAGCCCUAAAGGCGAUUACAGAACUACCUAGUACAUCAAAUCCCAAACCGAGAGCCCUAAAGGCGAUUACAGAUAUACCUAGUAAAUCAAAUCCCAAACUGAGAGCCCUAAAGGUGAUAACAGAGCUACCUAGUACAUCAAAUCCCAAACUGAGAGCUCUAAAGGUGAUAACAGAACUACCUAGUAAAUCAAAUCCCAAACUGAGAGCCCUAAGAGUGAUAACAGAGCUACCUAGUACAUCAAUUCCUAAGCUAAGAGCCCUAAAGGUGAUAACAGAGCUACCUAGUACAUCAAUUCCCAAACUGAGAGCCCUAAAGGGGAUAACAGAACUACCUAGUACAUCAAUUCCGAAACUGAGAGCCCUAAAGGUGAUAACAGAUCUUUCUAGUACAUCAAUUCCAAAACUGAGAGCCCUAAAUGUGAUAACAGAACUACCUAGUACAUCAAUUCCUAAGCUAAGAGCUCUAAAGGUAAUAACAGAACUACCUAGUAAAUCAAAUCCCAAACUGAGAGCCCUAAAGGUGAUAACAGAGCUACCUAGUACAUCAAUUCCUAAGCUAAGAGCCCUAAAGGUGAUAACAGAGCUACCUAGUACAUCAAUUCCUAAGCUAAGAGCCAUAAAGAUGAUAACAGAACCACCUAGUAUAUCAUAUCGAUCGAACAUGCCUAACGUCAUAUGGAACUAG